AUGGCGCUGACUCCUGUGCCCCGGAAGUUGUGGCAGCACUCAGACCCAGCAUCAACGUCGAUGGGUCGUUUCCAGCGGGCGUUAGAGAAAAGGACAGGAUGCAAGUUCGAUUCAUUCUAUGAUCUCUACCUCUAUUCUGUGAACAACCGAUCUGUCUUUUGGGAUUCCUGCUGGAGAUACUUGGAGAUCAUCCAUGAAGGUUUCUACACGAAGGUGAUAGAUGAGCAGGCACGAAUGGAUAGUGUGCCAGAGUGGUUCUCUGGCGUGCGGCUCAAUUUCGCAGAGAAUAUACUGUUCUCGCGCCUUGCAGGAGACAAAACGGGUAAAGAAGACUCUAAGAUCGCCGUGACUGAGGUCCGAGAGGGCGCAGCGGAUCGGCCGAUCAACCUUUCGUGGGGAGAAAUGAGACGAAGGGUUGGUGUGCUAGUCCAGGCUAUGCGAGCUAAUGGAGUCCGCCGCGGUGAUCGUAUCGCAGUGUGCGCAGCUAACAGCAUCGAAACGCUACUCAUCUUCCUUGCGUCGGCCGCACUCGGAGCCAUCUUCACAUCGAUGUCAAGCGAUCUAGGCUUGAAGGGAAUUUUGGACCGGAUACUCCAGACCAAGCCUCGCUGGCUCUUUAUGGAUGAUUGGGCAGUCUAUAACGGGAAGUCAAUCGACCUACGCCCCAAAAUGACUAGCAUUGCCCAGAACAUGCAGUUAAUUCCUGAGUUUGAGGGGGUUGUAUCACUGCCGCGGUUUACGCCACAGCCAGCGGAUGUCAGCCAGGUUCCGAACGCUUGCCUACUAUCUAGCUAUCUCGAAAAAGCCAGACUGAGAAACGACGCCAUUCAGUUUGAGCGGGUUGACUUCAGAGAUCCUUGUGUCAUAGUAUACUCAUCCGGUACGACGGGUCCGCCAAAAUGCAUCGUCCAUUCCGUGGGCGGGGUGCUCUUGAAUGGACGCAAAGAAGGCGAGUUACAUAUGGAAUUAGGCCCAGAGAGUGUUGCACUGCAGUACACAACCACUGCCUGGAUUAUGUAUCUACUUGGAGUCCAGGCGCUGAUGUUCGGAUCAAGAGUGAUCCUCUACGAUGGCAGCCCAUUCUUACCGGAUGCUACAGCUUUGGUCAGGCUAGCAGCGCAGGAGAGGGUAACACACCUCGGAAUAUCGCCGCGGUGGCUCCAUGAACUCCAGCGAGCAGAUAUCAAACCACGGGAGCUUGUAGACCUAAGCUCUCUGCAGGUAGUGUCGAGCACCGGCUCAGUAUUACGGGACGAAUUGUUUGAGUGGUUCUACGACGUCGCAUUUCCACCAUGUACCCGUCUCAACAACAUUGCUGGAGGCACCGAUAUUGCGGGUUGUUUUGGGAUAAGCAAUCCGCUUGGCCCUGUGUAUGUUGGAGGAUGCGCUGGAUACAGCCUAGGCGUCCCCGUGGAUGUGUAUGACUCCGCAGUCGAAGGGGCUGAGGGCAUCCAGGGAGUCCCAGUGGAAGAUGGUGCUCCAGGAGAAUUGGUGGCCACUGCAGCCUUUCCUAACCUGCCAACCCAUUUUUGGGGAGAUGAUAGCGGAAAGAAAUACCACGACGCAUAUUUUGCGAGAUUCGACAAUGUCUGGAACCAUGGAGACUUCGUGUCAAUCUGCCCCUCCACCAAACAACUUCUAUUCCAUGGCCGCGCUGACGGCGUGCUGAAUCCUUCGGGUGUGCGCUUUGGAUCAUCUGAGAUCUACCGGGUAAUAGAAGCUGAGUUCACUGGCGAGAUUGCCGACUCGCUCUGUGUCGGUCAGCGAAGACCAACCGAUACCGAUGAGCGAGUUAUGUUAUUUUUGCUCAUGAAGGUUGGAUCUCCUUUGACGCCGGUCCUGAUCUCCCGCGUAAAGACCGCUAUUCGAGAACAUCUAAGUCCCCGCCAUGUUCCAAUGUUCAUUUUUGAGACACCUGAAAUCCCGACCACGGUCAAUUUGAAAAAGGUUGAGCUGCCUGUGAAGCACAUUGUUUCUGGCAAACGCGUUAAGCCAUCGGGGACCCUGCUCAACCCGCGGAGUUUGGAAUUUUACUAUAGAUUUGCAGAGGUCGAGAAUCUAUUCCGCGAGAGUAAGCUCUAA